AUGGCUGAACCUUCCAAGAUCGACUGGGCCGACGACGACAGCGACGCCCCUGUUGAGAACUGGGCCGAUGAGGCUAGCGAGGAUGAAAAGGAGGCCGCUCCGCAGCCUCCGCGAUCCGUCUGGGGCAAGCCCGCCCAGACCAUCAUCCCCACCCCCAAGGUGGUGGGCGGCGAGCAGGAGUUCCCCUCGCUCGGCGCUGAGCCCGCUCGUGGCAGCCGCCAGCCGGCCCGCGGUGGUCGUGGCGGCGCCUCGGCAGCCCCUCGCGGUGGCGAUUCCUUCGGCAGCGGCGGCGGCCGUGGCGGCGGUGACCGUUACGGCGAUCGCGAGGGCGGCCGCGGUGGCUACGGCGAUCGCCCCCCGAGGCGUGAUGAUCGCGAUGACUACGGCAGCUAUGGUGGCGGCCGUGGCGGCGGCGAUCGCUACGAGCGCGAGGGCGGCCGUGGCGGCUACGACGAUCGCGAGGGUGGCCGUGGCGGCUAUGGCGAUCGCGAGGGUGGUCGCGGCGGUUAUGGCGAUCGCGAGGGCCGUGGUGGCUACGAUCGCGGCGACCGCGAGGGUGGCCGUGGCGGCUAUGACCGCCCGCCCCGCGAGCAGCGUGCCCCGCCCGUCAUCCCCGAGGAGGGUCCCUGGACGGCCUUCGUCGGUAACCUCAACUUCAAGGUCGAGGCCCCCGAGCUCGAGGAAUUCUUCAUCAACGCUGGCUGCAACCUGCCCAGGGAGGGCGCCGUCCGCAUGACCAGGGACAGGGAAACCGACCGCCCGCGCGGCAUCGCCUACGUCGAUUUCGAAGAUGCGGAAUCGCUGCGCAAGGCUAUCGAGCUCGACGGUGAGGAGUUCGCCGGCCGUGCUAUCCGCCUCGACGUCGCUGAGAACAAACGGUGGUCGCAGGGAUGGUGGAGGAUUCGGUACGACGCCACCGGCGACGAUUCCAACUGGCGCGAUCUGGCCAAGAAGGCCGCCGAGGAGCGCGCUGCCGCCGCCCCCGUCGAGAGGGAGCGCGACCGCGAGCCCCGGAGGGACGACCGACCCGACCGCAGGGACCGGAGGGACGACCGAGACUUCCACCGUGGCGACCGUGGCGACCGUGGUGGCCGUCCGGCGCCGAGGGAGAGGGAGCCGCUGCCGGCCCCGACGGAGGAGGAGGAGCGCGAGCGGGAGGAGCGCAAGAAGGCGCUCGAGGAGAAGCGCAAGCAGGCCGCCGCGGCCAACCCGUUCGGUGACGCCCGGCCCCGCGACGAGCUCGCCGCGCAGCGCAAGCUCCAGGAGCUCGAGGAGAAGCUGAAGAAGCAGAAGGAGGAGGAAGAGGAGAAGAAGAAGAAGGCCGCCGAGGAGGAGCUCAAGAAGAAGGUCGCCGAGGAGGAGCAGAAGAAGGCCGCCGCCCCCGCCCCCGCCGCCGCUGCGGCCAAGACCGACGACAAGUGGAGGAGGGAUGCUUCCUCGACCGGCGCCAAGGGUGCCAAGCCCGCCGGUGGUCGGGGUGGGUUCGACUGGAAGGACAAGGGCGCCUGGAACGCCGACAAGGGCGCCAAGAGGCCCGAGACCGGCGGUAGGGGCCGGGGAGGCGACAGGAGAGAAGGCGGCAGGGGCGAGGGCCCGCGACGAGGCGAGUCCUCGGGCAGCAGCAGCUGGGGCAGAGGCGAGAGCCCCAAGAGGGGUGAGGGCCGAGGCCCGACCGAGAGCAGGGGUCCCGUCAGGAAGGAGGCCCCCGCCCCGGCUCCCGCGCCCGCCAAGGCCGCCGCUCCCGCCAAGGCCAAGCAGCCCGCCAAGGAGGAGAAGCCCAAGGACAACUCGCCAGCCAAUGCCUUCGACCUUCUGGGUGAGGCCGAGGCUUAA